CUGAGAAGGAGAAAAAACCUUUGCCGCCACUCAUUGUCGUACGUACGUCAUUCUUCUUCUCUUGUCUUCACUUGAACUCCACAGAGCAAGGGUUCGCAGAUUUUGAAGCAAAAAUAAUGGGAAAGAAGAGAAAACACAGUGAGACUACUCAAAGUGUGGCACAGCCCAAAAAGGAAGAUGCUGCUCCAGAGAGACCAGCAAGGACCCUUUUGGGGUGGAAGGAUAAGAAUCAAGUUGAGGAUAAUAAUAGUGCUGAUUCACCAAUAUUUAGGAACAAAGAGAAGCUAUUGGUCACUUGCUCUAGGCGCAUCAAUUACAGGUACCGGCAUUUGAUGUUGAAUUUGGUGACACUUUUGCCCCAUUGCAAGAAGGAUAACAAAGUUGAAUCAAAGGAAACUGAAGGAGCCACCCUCAACGAGCUUGUUGAGCUCAAAAAUUGUUCCUCUUGUUUAUUUUUUGAGUGCAGGAAGCAUAAAGAUCUUUAUCUCUGGAUGGCAAAAUGCCCCAAUGGCCCAUCUGUAAAAUUUCUAGUUAGUGCUGUUCACACAAUGGAGGAAUUGAAGCUUACGGGAAAUCACCUACAGGGUUCCCGUCCAAUUUUGACAUUUUCAGCAAAUUUUGAAAAAGAUGCACAUUGGAAACUAUUAAAGGAGAUGUUGUUACAGAUAUUUGAAACACCAAAGGACCACAGAAAGGCUAAGCCUUUCCAUGAUCACGUUUUUGUUUUCUCAAUAGUUGAUGACCAUAUAUGGUUCCGGAAUUACCAGAUCUCUGUUCAUCAUAAUGAAGCGGACAAAUUACCUAGAGGUGGCCUUGAUAAAAUGACAUUGAUUGAGGUCGGCCCGCGAUUCUGCUUGAACCCAAUUAAAAUAUUUGGUGGCAGUUUUGGAGGCCCAACUUUAUACGAGAAUCCACUCUAUGUGUCACCGAAUCAGAUUCGAGCUUUGGAGAAAAAGAAGAAGGCCGGAAAGUUUGCAAAGAAGGUCAAAGCAAAGACAAGGAGGAAAAUGCACGAGAUGUCCAAUCCUCUGGAGCCUGAUGAGUUUGCAGAUAUGUGGAAAGAUUGAUUUUAUACAUCAUGAAAUGGUUCAUUUUAGUUGGUGGUAACUCAAGCUUUGCAGCAGCUUGUGAUGUGAAUUGCUUUAUAUGAUAUAGGCUGUAGUUCUGUUUAUCCUCGCAUUAUAUUCCUUAACAUGAAAGGAAGAUUUUGUGAUCUAUAGUGUUAUUUUUUGUAAUCCUUGUGGGGGCUGGUUAUUCUCUUAUCAUGCAUUGAACUGGUGGAAAUUAAAUUUUGGCCGAGAAGAUUUCAGUGUUGGGUCUGACUGAUAUGCUACUAGUAUAUUAACCGAGUAUUAUUUCAACUUUA